CGGCGCAGGUUGCAAUGAUGAGCCUGCUGUUCAAAAGCCCUGUACAAGCGAGCCCGCACAAACUCAUGUGCCUCCUGCAGGUGCCGGAUUUGUUCUGUACGGGAUACCUUACGAGACUCGGCCAAUCUCUCCACCUCCUCGAUGAAGCCGCUCACACUACCUGUGCCACCAAAUGAAAUAUUCCAUUUGUGGACAGGAAUGGUUGGCACCGGUGACGGUCGAGGUUCCGGCUCUAAUGGUACUCUCUCUCUGGUCAUGGUCCUGCCAGAGCUCACACAAGAUGUAGGUGAUGCUGUCCCACAGUCCUGUGACUGGGUGACAGGUAAUGCCGGUAUCUGCCGCAGUAAUGCUGUACAUGUCCGCCUUGUCUCGUUCAUGACAUGUUCUAAUGUUUUAUUCCUUACAGGUGUACCAGUAUGUGAGACAUCAGCACCUGUCGGAAGAUUGACCCCAUCUCCAAGAUCAAUCAGGGAUGUUUCAGCUCUUUCCGGUUGGAUCGGGGACAUCCCAGGUGAACUGGGAACCUCCAUAUCCAAGAGGGACCGUUCCUGCUGACUGGAUGGCUGUCCACGGGUGUUGCUACUACUCAGUUGCUCCAGCGUCUCCAAGGCCUUAGUUGUAGUCGCCUUCAGUUGUUCGAUCAGUUGUAACUGUGUUUCAUCGGAAGUGAUAAUAAAAUUCAGUCUUCCCUGAA